AUGAAGCUUCUUUUAUCAUUUUGGGGACUUGUUUUGAGCGUGGAUCCGUGUUUGAGUGGAGAGAAUCAGCCAAAUUAUGGGGGAAGCUGCUGGAAUAAAUGGGGAUCUGUCGAGGAUAUUGAUCAAUGGGCUGAGGAAAAUUGUGGAGUCAAUAGUUGUCCUGAAGGGGUUGAUCUUACAGAAAACUGCUUCACCAAUCCCUUCCCGUACAAACCCAACGAUCUCAAGCCAAUUUCUUUGGAAGAAUAUGAAAAAUUCCUUGCCAAGCAAGAAAAACCCGACUUCAACAACGACCCCGAGUGUGCUGAUGUCCUCAAGCCCUACCAGGAAUGGUUCAACUCGCCAAACGUUCAAAACUGCAAGUUCAACAUUGACAUGACAAACAAAUACGGAGAGGUCCAGUCGACGAUGUUCUACUCAAACAACACCGAAGCCGCCGGAUGCAAUCAAAACGGCAGCGGUCGAGAUGAUCUUAAAGGUUGCUACUGCGAUCUUUCUCCUUCAAACAUCUGGCUCGAAAUCAGCAACGACUUGACAAAGACACAUCCUCAGAAUCCAAAAACUGUCCGUCGAUCUGCCGAGCUUUUCGACUUGUCCUCGGAUAUCGCAGAAGUAGGCACGCUGAAUGAGAAUAUCUACCGAGAAAUGAGACAUGCCAAGAAUCAUGCGAAUAUGAACAACUGGCGUAUGGAUUGUCUGUAUUGCGCAAUGAUGGACGUCAACGAGCGCCUGAUCGGCAAAACGUUUUACUUCGAAUACGUGCUGGAAACUUACGAGGCCUAUGUGGAUUAUCUCAUGCAUUUAACCUGCGCAGUUCAAUACAAUGAGGAAAUCAUGAUCUACAUCAGGAACGAGUUCGAGGAGAUCAAGGAAGAAAUCGAAAAUGGCGAGGAAUUCUGUAAUGGACCUGGAGAAAGUUGCUUUGAGGGCAAAGACUGUAGUCUUGGAACUUGUGUUUUUUGA